AUGGCUACUAUACUAUAUCUCGGAGUGUCUGGGCAGAUUGGAGGAGCAUUUAUUACAUCUUUCCGUGAAAAAUAUCCUGAGAUUCCAAUAACCUUUUAUCUUCGGAGUGUUGAGUUGGAUGGAGCCCUGCGCAAUCUCGGAAACACCACUGUCGUCCAUGGAACCUUCGACCAGCUUCAUGAAAUUGAGAAGUUAGCAUCGUCUCAUUCACUGAUAUUCAACUUUGCGAGCUCAAUGGAUCCUUCAGUAACGGAUGCCAUUCUUCGAGGCGUACGUACACGCAAGUCUCAGACGGGGACGAUGUCAGUUGUGUAUCAUCUCAGUGGCGCUGGAAACUUUGUCGACAACAGCGAAUCCGGGGAUUAUAUACCAACGGACCAUCCGUUUGAUGACGCGAAUCCAGAUGAUGUUCGUACCAUCACUGCAGCGAAUCUUCCAAAUGGGCCUUGUGACGAGUUACUAUUUGUAGCUGCUAAUAAAGGGGAGGCAAAGGUUUAUUUCGUUUGCCCCGGUGGUACUUAUGGUCACAGUGAACGCCACAUUGGCAGAUCUAUAGGAUUGGCUUCAGCAUUUGCCCCAGGAAGGUGGAUUGACUACAUGACGCAAAAUAUAGAAUCUCUCGGCUUUGGUGUUUACGUUGGCAGUGGCACUUCGGUAUUCGGGGUCGUUCAUGUCGACGACAUCGUCUCGCUCAUGAUGCUCGUAUAUCAAAAGAUUCUCAACACUGUCAACAAUUAUGAACCAGAAGACGUUUAUCGUUACUGGUAUAAUGGCAUCUACAGUGAAGAGCCAAGCAAAAAGGUUGCUGCUGCACUUGCUAAGCUCCAAGCCCGACGUGGCAAAAUCACAUCUUUCGAGACUAAAUCUGUUGCGUACAAGGACGCAGGAUUUACCGCCAGAUAUAUUGCUGGUAACAUGCUCAUAGAAUGUAACAACUCUAAAUCACUCGGCUGGGCACCUCAAGGACCAGAUUUAUACACUACGUUAGAACAACUUGAAUAA